UUGUUUUCACGCCCGUUGACCCGUUGGAAGGGUAGGACCGUUGGAAUAAUACAGAUCCCAAGUGUAUUCAUCCAUGAAUGUAGUCUGUACACAGCCAAAAAGGUAUGACGUAAUUCGUAACAGCGCAAGCUCGUUAAUGGGGAUGGGGAUGGUUUGGAAGCUCUGUCAUCAUCGGUGGUACCACCACCUCUACCACUACAUACCACCAGCAGUAACAUCUCGAAUAGUUAGUACGUCACAAUAAUGUGGAGGACUGUGGGAUAAAACAACAGAGCUGAUUGCGGAAACGCAUCAUCAGUCGACGCGUCUUUAGAGCGGGUAAACAAUUUAUUAAUUAUUAAUUACCGUAACCUAUUAAUUUGUCAAGUUAAAUGGUUUGUUGAAUCUUAACUUUAGUGCUGUAUUGAGUUUCAUUUUGUUUGUAAUGUUGUGUAGUUUGUUUAGAAGGGGAAUCGAUUUAAGUUUUUUUAACACGGGGAGUGUCAAUGCAGGUACCGAUAUGCGGAGCUCGAUUUUAAAAUCAAGCACAAGGGUUGUCAGGUGAACAACUUUGAAAAGCAUUUGGAUGGUUUAGCAACUGAUAUAGUUCAGUAAGGGGUGAGUUCUGUUAAGUUAAAGCGAAGCAAAGGUUCCAAGAAUGGCGAACUCGGCAGAUGGUAUUGAUGUAGAUGCAACUGCUGGUCUUGGAAACACAUCACAACGGAAUCCAUUGACUUGUGGUGUUUGUCAGGAUUAUUACACUGAGCCUUGUCUACUGUCUUGUUUUCAUACUCUUUGUGCGAGAUGUGUUCGUGGACCUCACCUCGAUUCGAAAGUUAUUUGUCCUAUUUGCGGACAAAUAACCCAAUUAAAGGAAGGAACCCAGAUGCCACCGGUUGAUCAGUUGAUACGUCAAUUGAUCGAAAUAGCUAAUAACGAAAAUCCAGCAUGUGCCAAUUGUGACAAACGUGAUAAAUCAACAAUGUAUUUUUGCACCACUUGCUGUCAAGCACUAUGUACACACUGCCGUGAAAAUACUCAUCGCGCAAAAAUGUUUUCAUCACACGAAGUUGUGCACAUGAGUAAAUGCUCAAAAGAUACUCAAAGACGUUGUCCCUCGCAUGGUGAUUUAUUUAUAAUGUACAGCCAAAGUACCAAAUCAAUGUUAUGCGCGACUUGUUUUCGUGAUACACCAGCAGAUGCACGAAUUCAUUGCGUUGACAUUGAUACAGCAUGGCAACAGGCUAAUAAAAAAAUGGAGCGCGCUGCCAAUUCACUUUGCGAAUUGCAAGCUGGCGUACACGAUAGUUUAAUGGCACUGAAAAGCCAAUUGGAAGAAUUGAGACAUAAUUUAGAAUCGGAAAAACGUUCACUUAAUUCUUAUUGCCAGGGCAUGCAAGAGGCUGUUACUAAAACACAUACAUCUGUAUCGGCGGAACUGCAACGUCAAUUUGAAACAAAAGAGCGGUUGGUCCGAGGACAAUUACUUAGUCUAGGCUCGGCAAUACCUGUAUUGCAAAUGCAUUUAAUGUUGUGCACAGUUUUUACCAGUGGUGCCACUAAAUACCAAUUUUUAGAGCUUGCUCAUCCCAUGCUUGAGCGACUUGGACGCGUCGCACAGCUUGGACAUCCGUCCAGACCACCUGUAUUGGCUGGUCACUUUAAAAUAAAUUAUAGAAUUGAAUUCGCACGGGCAUUACAACCUUUUUUGGGACAAAUAAAUACUGCGCAACAACAGCAGCAUCAACAGAAAGAUUUGUACGAGCACACUCAUCAGAUUUCUAAUGAGCAGUCACUACUUCAGACCACGAAAUUAACAUCUAGAAUAUCAAAAUUGGGGUCAGACAACGGGCAAUUCAGCAGCCACUGCCGCACAUUUGAUUCCCAACUAAAAGAAUUGAAUGACCAAUUAAUAGCUGUUAAAAAUCGGAUAAGCGAAUUGCAACGUGAUGUAACUGUGUUGAGGCGUGUCAACACACCACCGAUAAGUGUACGGUAUGAACACGCUGUAAGAGAUUGUCGAUUACUUGAACAGGAAUUGGAGCAUCACCAAAUUGAAUUAGAGCGAUUGAGAAAUAUAUUCGAUGCGCUGUGGGAAGAACAGCUAUGUAAAAUACACAUUGAGAAGGAGAUAUUCCAUUCUCAGAUGAAAGAUAUUCUAACAUUGAAAGCUGAUCUCAAACAAUUGCAAUCAGUAUCCCAACAAAUGGAACCUUUUAUAAAGUCAUUCUCUGCGGGAAUUUCCGCCGGUGAAAUGAACGCUGCUGUUGCUGAUGCUGCUAGUCAUCAACAUUUACAAGCACUUUUGGAGCAUUUUACAAGGCUGCAGAUGCAAGAACCCCAACAGCAGCAACCUCAACAGCAGCAGCAACAACAACAACAACAGCAGCAGCAGCAGCAGCAAUCUUCCAAAGAUUGUCGACAUUCCAAGGGCUCUAAUAUGGCUGAUAAUAUCUUUUAUAUAAAAGAAUCAAAAGAUGUGCCAAGAUGCAGAACUCCCUCGGGCGGAGUAGGAGCACUUUUAGAUUCCGGUGGUAAUAUUAUUGUUUAUGGUACGGCCAAAUCAUCAGAAGCUAAACGCGGGGUACUGAGUCAAUUAAUCGAAAAAGCACGAACCCGCGAAGACCGUAAGAAAUCACCAGGUAGAGACAAAGAAGAAGGAGGGAGCAGAGAUCGUAGUCAAAGUCGUCGGUCACGAAAGUCACCUGACAGUGGUCACAAGCCUAAAACACCACCUGGUUCGUCUUCUACCAGCAAAGUACGUUCUCUUUAUCGGUCAUUGAAAGGCGGCUCUGGCGACAAUAAUGCCGAUGGUGUGGAGCAGGAUAAUAAAAACAGUGAAAGUCAGUCUCAAAAAGAUAAUGCUGGAGCAACUGAAGAAAGUGAAUAUCAACGAAUAUCAGAAGCAUCAACCCUAGGAGACGUUAAAAAAUCCCGAGUUCAAGCUCAAAUUCAUGCAGCACCAGAAGAACCAACAACAGGAACAGGAAAAGCGAACGAGCAGCGUCAAAAAAGCGUGAGAGUAUAUCCCGCAAGUGAUUCUGAGGAUGUUUUUUACUCAAGUGAAAAAACCGCUGAUGGCAGAAGAAAAAGACGGGCGAGCUGUGACAGUCUGAGCACCACAGGAUCUGGUGGUAGCAGGAGAUCAAGUCUCACUGAUGGUGCGUUAAUUGGCAAAGACCCGCGAAAAACACUGCUAGUACUAAUAGGAUCAACAGCUAAAUCUACACCAAGUCUUGUUUCGAAACAACGAUCAUGGGAAACGUUCCCACGACCUAAAAGUAAACGGUCCGCCGCUCAUUCAGCAAUUAUUGCUGCUGCUGAAGCAAACGCGACUGGUCUUGGUCCUCUGAAGAAGGCUGACAGUUUAGAAGGCCACGAGGAAGCGGUAAGGACUCUUGUUGCUGCAGUCCAAGAAACUAGAAAUCAGAGGCAUUACCAUGCUCAUCAUCAUCGGCAUCAUCGUAAAAGUAAAACUAAUUAAUUAAUAUUUAUAUACUGUUAUUUAUUAUUUUAUAACAGUAUAUAUUGUUGUAUAAUUUGGAUU